UCUUGACCCGAAACGUUGAAUUGGCAAUAUCACUACCAGUCAUUAGCUCAAUGUGCUUACUACCUACUCGGCACUAAUUCUUUAUCUUUUUUUCUUUUUUAUCUAACAAUAAUAAUCGACUAGUAAACACCAACGGAUAGUGUAUUUAAUGCUUUCGUGUGAAUUUGUCAAAUCUAAUUUGUCUAUCAUGAGAGACGUAACAUGGGCAGGUCUAAGUGAAUGAAAAGAUUUAGGUAUUCUACAGGUCUACCACCUAUAUUUGCUACAUAGCUAUGGCUGAAGAUUUCGGAAAGUUUAAGAAGACAGAUUUGGUCCAGCUUCAUGGUGCGUACAAAUGCAUGCAGCGUGAGGUACACACCCUUCGCAGCAAGCGAUGGCAGUGCCGUGACAAGCGCUGCAAGGAUAAGAGGCGAGUCGUUAAACACUUGAUGUCUUGCCCGUCGGAUAAGAAAUGCAGUUGGCCUGUCGAAUGUACUUUACUGAGACAAGAAAUUAAGCGUUCAGUAAGUUGCAGAGAAGAAGAAUGUCCCAUCUGCAUGCAGAAGAAGCAGUGGCAAACAUCAGUAUCAGCGGGGCAAAGAAGUAAUUUUAUUGAUCUACUGGUGCAAUCCGCUUCAAAAUCCAGUUCCACAUUCGAUGGUAACAGGAAUUUCUCCCUACAUCAGAAAGUAGUAUAUACUAAAUCAAUAGAAGGUGAAAUAUACAAAAAGGCCAAUAGUCUGACGGAUUACUAUCGGAUGCUGGCCACAAAGAAGUGGGACAUUGAAAUUAACAUUGAAAAGAGAGAAAGGAACAGACAGAGAAGACAUCGCACAUUGGCGAAUGUGCAAGGUGAAGAGAGGCGGGUUAAUAUGCCUUAUAUUAAUUUAAAUGCUGAUGGAGCUCAUUCUGAACCACCUGAUAUACACUAAAAUCAUUUAUGUCUCACUAAGAGAUAUUUUAUAAGCCACCAAUUCAGCCUUAGACAUAUUAUAUCUUUUUUUCUACA